AUGACGCCGAAAGGUUAUCUUGGUACGAGACACAUUCGCUUUACUCGAGCGUCGUUACGUGAACGCCAGUCAAGUGGGCAAACUUUGUCAACCCCCCCCUCCCCCCCCGCCUCCCUAGGGGACCGACACAGAGGCACGGGCCUAGGCGAAAACAUGUCUCAACGCUUGCACCAAGUCGGCUCGUCGCUGUGUCCGCACCAGCAAAACACAAACGACCCAUUUGAAGACUCCUCGUCUGCAUGGUGUUAUCUGAUUUUUAUACCCAGACGUAGCUCCGAUUGUUUCGUCGUAGUAACCGAAACGAGGCCUGUACGGCCGCUCUCCCCCUAUCCCCUUGAAUCGGCAGCAAUGUCUGGUGGUCUAUUUAUUUAUCUAUCCCGUUUUACCACUUUUCGUCCACCCCCACUCGCUCGGCCAAAGCGCCCUCACCACGACAGCGGCCUGUACUCGCUUCAAAUCAGUCCCAGUAGCAACGCAAAUGCCUCCUCGUCUUUCCGCCCCCCGAUUCUGACCCCACUGGGACGGUCAUCUUUCCAGCCAGUUCCGUCUGCCUACCAGAUGAGGCAUUGCCCAUAUUCUGCGGUCUCGACUGAUCCUGCUCCACAUCCAAUAGGGCGAAAGAGAGAAUGCUUGCCUCAAUAUGUGCACGUGUAUAAAAUGAUGGAUCGGCAGCUGCUAGAACAUACGCCUCAAGGAUCAGGUGGGCUGUGGAUCAAGAACUUAUGGAUCAACGGCCCAAAUAUCCUUGUCUGCUGGACCAGGAGCCUCAUGGAAAUGCUAAAUCAUGGAUUAUGGAAUGUACAGAUCAAGGUCUCUUUGUUCGAUGAUUUUGGAUCUGUAGCCCCUGGAUCAGUAGUCGCACAUAUCAGGGAACUUAUGGAUCAUGGGCCCAAGGAGCUAUUUAUGGCUGCUGGAUCACAAGCCUUAUGGAUGAGGUGGCUCCUGGAUCAGUUGACUCGUGGAUCAGGGGAUCUAGGGAAGAGGAUCUCAUGGAUCACUACCUCCUGUAUCAGCAGACCCAUGGAUCAGGAACUUAUGGAUCGAAUGCUAGUGGAUCAACGGCUUUGGGCCCAUGAGCCUCAUGGAUCAGAGCGUUGCCUAAUUCGCGGUGACUGUCGCAUAGUUGAUCCUGUCAUAGCCAAUGCUCUUCUGGCAGCCGGAAAAAUAGUAUCCCCAAGAUACAGCAUCUCACAAAUUGCCUCGAAUCGACGACUGAUGGAGCUCGUGUGUUGCAGAGGUUCAGGGCUGACUCAUGCGAGGAGGGAGGCUUUUUCGGUUGCCAUACCCCAUGGAGCCACCCAAUGGAAGAUCCAAACUCAGGGGAUGCCCAAAGCUGAAGCGAGAAGGCCCUAUUUUGCCUCCUACAUUCACCUCUUCCUCGAUCAGUCGAUCGAGCUAACUUCACACACAUUCAAAGAAGAAGCGCCAGCUGACGAAGAUGAAGCUGUGUCUAUGGUGGGUUCACAUGUGCUCGCUUGGACCAGGGGCCAGGCUAGCGAGUUGGGCCUUAGUAAAAGGAAUGAGAUUAUUCUCAAGCCCUACUAA